UUAUUUUAGUUGAUGCUUGGCAUUUCUUGCAAACAAGGCUUGCCAUUAUUUAGAAGCAAUUACUGUGGUUCUUGCAAAUUGGUUCAUUACACCAUGGAAUUGUCCGAACAAUUUCAGGAACAACUCCUUUUGGCACUUCCUUUCACAAUAAUUAUCACCAUAUUAGGGAUCAUCAUCCUUGUUAAUGGCAACAAGCAACAGCAGAGGAGACCCCCUGAGCCUGUUGGGGCAUUACCUUUUAUUGGUCACCUUCAUCUUCUUGGAAAAAGCCAGUUGCUACAUAGAAAAUUUGCAGACAUGGCUGAUGAGCAUGGGCCAGCCUUCGUGAUCCGUCUUGGGGUUCAUCGAGCACUUGUGGUAAGUAAUUGGGAAAUUGCAAAAGAAUGUUUUACGACCAACGAUAAGGUCUUCCCUACACGUCCGAAAUCGUUAGCCGUAAAGUAUAUGGGGUAUGACCAUAAGAUGUUAGGCUUUGCUCCUUACGGACCAUAUUGGCGUAGUAUGAGGAAACUAGCAACGGUUGAGCUCCUCUCUAGUCGUCGGCUUGAGUUACUCAAGCAUGUUCACGACACCGAAAUCAGUAGUUUUAUAAAGGAAUUGUAUGAACAAUCGGUGAAAAACGGAGGCAGUGCUGUUUUGGAAAUGAAGGAGAGAAUUGGUGACUUAGCAACCAAUAUUAUAGUUCGGAUGAUUGCUGGGAAAAGAUAUUGCGGUAUCAAAGAAAGUUGUAGCGAGGAAUCAAGGCGAUGGCAAAAGGCCUUGGGUGAUUUCUUUUAUCUUACAGGGUUGUUCUUGGUCUCGGAUGCGAUUCCUUUUCUCGGUUGUCUUGAUGUUGUGAUAGGGACCAUAGGGCAAAUAAAGAGGACAGCAAAGGAGUUGGAUUUUGUACUCGGAAAUUGGGUAAACGAGCAUCGUGAAAGGAGGCUCAAUAAAGGCAUCGAAGGGAACCAAGAUUUUGUUGAUGUCAUGUUAUCUAUCAUGGAUGAAAAUAAUGUUCCAACACAAGAGGCUGAUGUUACCAUUAAAGCUACUUGCCUGAGUCUUGUCCUUGGUGGCAUCGAUACAAACGUGGUCACACUUACAUGGGCGAUCUCCCUGCUAUUGAAUAACCGUCAUGUGCUAAAGAAGGCUCAAGAAGAACUCGAUAUCCAUGUCGGAAAUCAACAGCAAGUGGAAGAAUCGGACAUAGCUAACUUGGUAUACCUCCAAGCCAUUAUCAAGGAAACAUUGCGGUUAUACCCAGCAACGCCCAUAUUGGUACCGAGAGAAGCUAUGGAGGACUGCACAGUAGCUGGUUUCCACAUUCCAGCAGGCACUCGACUGUUGGUUAACCUGUGGAAGCUGCAGCGUGACCCCAGAAUUUGGCAUAAACCGUUAGAUUUUCUCCCUGAGAGAUUCCUCAGUGACCAUGCUAACAUAGAUGUAAGGGGUCAAAAUUUUGUGCUUAUACCAUUUGGUGCUGGUAGAAGGAUUUGUCCUGGUAUCACUUUCGCGCUUCAUUUCCAGCACUUAACUUUGGCUCAACUGCUUCACGGAUUCAAAUGGGGAACGGUCUCAGAUAAAGCCGUUGACAUGAGUGAAAGCCCUGGAAUGACUGUUCCUAAAGCUACACCAUUACAGGUUACUAUUACACCAAAGUUACGUUCCAUGCUCUAUAGGUAACUGGUGCAAGCAGCAUAUAGCUUUGCUCACAAUUUAUUUUAGUGGAAUACAUAUAAGAUUCAUUAGAAGAACAAAUCAUAUAUUGCUUCACAAUUGAGUUCUAUGCAAAGAAUCAGUUUUUUUCCUA